AUGGCCCCUUGCAGCCUUGCCGCCGCCACCUGCGGCCCCGUCGCCGCCACCUGCGGCCCCGUCGCCACCACCUGCAGCCCCGUCGCCGCCACCUGCAGCCACGCCGCCGCCACCUGCAGCCCCGCCGCCACCUGCAGCCCCGUCGCCGCCACCAGCAGCCCCGUCGCCACCACCUGCGGCCCCGUCGCCGCCACCUGCGGCCACGCAGCCGCCACCUGCGGCCGCGCCGCCACCUACGGCCCCGUCGCCGCCACCUGCGGCCCCGUCGCCGCCACCUACGGCUUCGGACCAUUCCUCUCAGUUUGCCCCACCACUCUCACCGUUGACCUCCUCGAGAAGGGCCUCCUAGCAGCAGAGAAGAGCAUUGUCGCUGUAGGAGCCUCUCGUGGUGACCCUCGCACCCCCGUCUUUGAGGGGUGUUCUCCCUUCCCCCUAUUGCCCUCUGUUGCCUCUGCUGCUGCGGCCGACCUCGUUGGUUUCGAGUCGGUCGGCGCUGCGUCUGCCCCGAGCGGGAGACGCCGCACCGGCAAGGGCAAGCGGGGCAAGGGUGCUGGAGGGGCUGGCGGGGGCGGUGGAGGUGGUGGUGGAGGCAGUGGAGGGGGUGGGGGUGGUUGUGGGGGUGGCUGUGGGAGUGGUGGCGGGGGUGGCGGCGGCGGCGGCAGCAGUGCAGGCGGAGGAGGCGGCGGUGGUGGCGGAGGGAGCGGAGGCGGCGGAGGUGGCGGAGGAGGCGGAGGUGGAGGAGGCGGAGGCGGCGGCGGCGGUGGUAGUGGAGCGGGUCGCGACUCUGCGCAGAGGAGUGGCUCAGGUGGUGGUCCGCGCUAG